AUGCCUGGCCCCAAUGACCUCGUUCGUCUACGAACCCAUGAGGCUGUUCGCUUUCUCAAUUCACACCGCAUAUUCUUCUACGCCUUGGUCUCACUAGUCUCUGUCUCCGCCGUUAUAACCAAUGCUCUGAAGAACUACAGCAACUUCUACUCGGUUGCCAUCUAUCUCUCGAAAAGUAGCCGCAGCGUCCUGGUCUUGGCAAACUUUGGCGUUCUCUUGACGCUUCUCUGUGGCCAUGUCGUACAGCGCAUAUUCUUCGGUUCCUUGAGGGCGAAUGAGAUUGAGCGUCUCUAUGACCGCUUGUGGUUUUUCAUCACGGAGUCCCUCCUGGCCUUCACGAUCUUUCGUGACGAGUUCGACAUGCCGUUCGCCUUGAUGUUUGGCUUUCUAUUAUUCGUCAAGUCCUUCCAUUGGUUAGCAAGCGACCGAAUUGAAUGGAUGGACCAAAGGCCAUACCCUGGCCCUCCACUACUCUUCCAUUUCAGGAUGACUAUUCUCUUCGGUAUAUUGUGGUCGACAGACUGCAUCAUGUUUUUGUUUGCGGUUGAACAUACACUGUCCGCUGGUGUUGGUGGCAUGGUCCUAUUUGCCAGCGAGUAUGCGAUAUUGAUGGCGAGCGUCAUGAAUACGAUUUCCAAGUAUCUGUUAUCCGCAUACGAUCUACGCAGGGCCGGUAGGAGAGGAGGAGAAAAUGCGCCCCCAUGGGAGAAUAAAAGCAUGUGGGUCUUUUAUAUUGAGCUUAUGACAGACUUCCUGAAGUUAACGACUUACCUCGUGUUCUUCAUAAUCAUCAUCACGUUCUACGGGUUGCCGCUGAACAUCAUACGAGAUGUUUACAUCACUGCGCGGUCAUUUGCCACUCGUCUUCGAGCGCUUCAUCGUUACCAAACAGCGACGCGGAACAUGGAUCAAAGGUACCCGAACGCCACGGAUGAAGAGUUGGCUGCGACCAGUGACCGGACAUGUAUAAUCUGUCGUGAGGAGAUGGUGUCGCCUGGCGCACAAGAACCGGUUGCCCAAACCGAUGGACCUAACACGACUCCCAAGAAACUCCCUUGCGGGCACAUCUUUCAUUUCUACUGCCUUCGCUCGUGGCUUGAACGCCAGCAAAGCUGUCCUACAUGUCGACGCAAUGUUCUUGAUGAUUCAACUUCACCACCUCAGCCAGUACCUGGUGGCCUUCCUGGGCAAAACAUUCAAGCUGGUCCUCAACAACCGAACCAACCAGUCAUUGCGCAGAACCUUCAAAAUGAAAACAAUCAACCAGGCCUCAUUGGUCGUCUUUUUGGCCCUCCAGGACGUCUUGGAAAUCCUAUCGUUGAUAGAGCGCCGGCUCAGAAUGUUCACGAUAAUCAAGCUCAAGCAGGACAACAACCUGGCAUAGUUAUCAACUAUCAAGUUCAAUAUCAAUUCCCCAGGCAACAGAAUGAAGCCAACGUUCAAACCGCACAGCAGCCGCAACAGCGAGCGCCCGUCCCACCUUACAACGGAUUUCCAGGGCCUGGGGGCGUCUGGCAAGAGUGGCCCGCCCAAGGCGACCUCCCGAAUGGAGUUCCUGACCUGGUCGAAGGAGGCCCAGCCGUUCAAGCUGGAACAACCUCGAAAGAGGGAGGUGCAUCACCCGCUGCAGAUGCUUCUACAACGUCUUCGUCUUCACAGGCCUCAGAGACUUCGGCUGAAAGCCGGGAUGGUGAUUUGUCGCCUAGGGAAGCCGCUGCUCGUGCCGCACUCAGUCGCUUUACCACCAAUAAGCCAGUGACGACGCAGCUUGAAGAUUCGAGUUCAAGCCAAACGCAAGAACCUGGGACAUCUACAUCAAGCUCCGCGACGUCGGCAAUCCCAGAUGCGGUUUCCAAGAGUAUCAACCAUAUACCGAAGUUAAUUCCGCUCCUCGACUUUCAAACCCCUGGAUCUAUUCCACGCCCUCAUGUUCCAAGGCAAGGGCCAAUUGAAGUGAACGGACGACCAUCUUCAACGCCCUUCGCGCAACCUGCCCGUCCAGUCGCUCCGCAGAACAGGUUUGCACACUACUCGUCGAACACUGCCGUACUUCCGACCCCGUCCUCCUCUGUUCCUUCCUUCCAACUUCCCCCGACUCUGACCGACGAACAACUAGCAACACUGGAUACCUUGACAAGAGAGAGCAUUGAUGAGCGUCUUCGAAUACUCGAAGGCGUUUCAUCUACUGUUUAUCGCUGCAUCGAUGAGCUCAUGAGGUUGCGCAGCGCCUUACCUCCCACAAACCUCCCAACUGGAACAUCUAGCUCAACGACUCGUCCUUCUGAGACUGCGGCGUCAUCGACGGCUACCCUGGAGAGCAGUGUUAUUCCCAUUACAGAACGUGGCAAAGAAAAAAUGAAAGCCACGGAGUCCGAAGGGGCUCAGGAUACAACAAGUUAUCAAGAAAUUCAGACACCCGCUUCGGGUACCAGCACAAAUGACGAGGUCUCGUCCAUGUAA